AUGGCGAAUGGUAGCGGCGGCACCACCCUUCUCCCUGCCGCCCUCCUCGCGAUCCUCGCCUUGGUCGUCGUCGUCGUCGGCGGCGGCGGCGCAGGCGGCAUGGAGAUCCUCUCAAAGUCCCGCCUCGAGAGCUGCGCCCGCGACUCGGACGAAGGCGGCGGCCGCCUGUCCUGCGACCGGAAGAGCGUCGUCGACAUGGCCGUCCCGAGCGGCACCAGCGGCGGCGAGGCGUCGCUGGUGGCGCAGGUGGCCGGGGUGCAGGAGGACGGCACGCAGCCUACGAAGAGCAUUCGGUAUCCCCCCGUCAUCACCAUCAAGAAGACCGCGACGUACGCUCUCUACGCCCUCACCUACCUCCACAGGGAUGUUGCUUACAAACCUGAGGAACUCUUUGUCAAGACACGCAAAUGUGAACCAGACGCCGGUGGUGAUGUUGUUAGAGAAUGUGAAAGGUUAAAGGAUGACAAGGGCCAUAUAAUCCAGCAAACAGAGCCUAUUUGCUGUCCAUGUGGGCCUCACCGUAUGCAUUCGUCUUGUGGAAACAUAUUUAAUAAAAUGGCCAAAGGAAAAGCUAAUACGGCUCACUGUCUACGAUUUCCAGGCGACUGGUUCCAUGUUUUCGGAAUUGGAACAAGGUCACUUGGGUUCAGCAUCACAGUUCAAGUGACGAAAAGAUGGGAGGUUGUUGUUGGCCCAGAAAAUAAAACUGUAGUAUCUGGAGACAACUUUCUGAGAGCAAAACUUGUUGGUGAUUAUGCUGGCUAUACAAGUAUCCCAUCAUUUGAGGAUUACUAUCUUGUGACUCCAAGGAAGGGUGCUGGUAGUGGUCAGCCGCAAGACCUUGGCAAUGAGUACUCCAAAUGGAUGCUGCUGGAGAGAGUUCGCUUUACAUUAGAUGGUCUUGAGUGCGACAAGAUUGGUGUUUGUUAUGAGGCUUAUCGAAACCAAACUAACUUCUGUUCUUCACCAUUUGGGAGCUGCUUGGGCAACCAGCUUUCCACCUUCUGGGAGUAUGAUCAAGCCCGGAUAAAGCAGAGCCUACAGCCCCUCUAUGUUGUGGACGGACGGUUAAGGAUCAAUCAACAUCCAAAUGCAGGUGUUCAUACCUUUUCUAUUGGGGUCACAGAAGAUCUAGAUCUAAAUUCCAAUUUACUGGUAGAGCUGAGUGCUGAUGACAUAGAAUACAUCCACCAGAGGAGCCCAGCGAGGAUAUCUGACUUUCGUGUUACAACAUUUGAAGCCUUAAGUCAAGAUGGUACGGCAAAUGUCACUACCAAGAAUAUUGGUAAACUGGAGUCUUCAUAUAUCUUGACGCUUAAUUGCUCAAGUGGCAUCAAUCUCGUGGAGGAGGGAGCAUAUACCAUGAAACCUGGAGAAGCAAUUGUCCGGUCGUUUGAAUUGCGUUCAUCAACAGAUCAAGCAGCUACAUUUCUAUGUGAAGCCAUUCUGAAGGCAUCAGAUUUUAGUGAACUUGACAGAGCAGAGUACCAAUUCUCUACUGCACCUACAGUUUACAAUAAUGGGGCACAGAUCGUUGGUUCAUCGGAUGACCACAAGAAGAGCAGCAUCCGGGAUUUCUUUGGUACCGUGAUUGGUUUCUUUACCGGCAAAUUUUGCAGGGCCACAUGCUCGAGCCCGUUCGACUUCAGCUGCCAUAUUCGCUACAUAUGCAUCGGUUGGAUCCUGAUGAUCCCGCUGCUGCUUGUGACCUUAUUCAUAGUGGUCGUGUGGCUUCUGCACCAGAGAGGCUUCUUGGACCCGCUGUACGACUGGUGGGAGGAUCUGUGGGGGCUGGAGCCGCGCGACAACGCCGCGCGCCACCCGAGGCACACGAAAGGGCCGCACCACCACCACCAUCACCGGCACCGGCACCGGCACGGCCACGGCGAACAACACCACCACCACUAUCACCAUUAG